CGUAAACGCACGUGAUUUUAUAUUUACAUCACUUCCAUUGAAAUUCGGUAUUUUCAUUUUCAACAAAACAAAAUGAAUAGAUUUAAUGGCUCACUUGGAUGUUGAUCGCAUGACGGACGAUGAAAGUAAUUUGAAAGAUUGGCCUACGUUAAUAAGAGUUUUGUUGUUUAAAGAAUGCAGAUUCAAAGAUGAUAGGCAGUUGAUCUUCGAUUCCCACUCCAUUAGGAAUGGAGAAUCUGCGAAAAUUUCCAAAAACAACAAUUUGGACGAAUUUUCCCAUCUUAAGGAAAUGAUAUUCGGCUCAACUGUUAUGAAGUAUCAUGACACGUACUACAAAAUCCAUGAUAAUUUAGCACCAGAGAGACUGAUAUUCACCCACGUUUUUUCAACACCCAAUAUUAAGAACCGUCGAAUAUCAGGAGGGAAUAUUAAUUUCCACAGUGGAUCUAGCUUGCUGGAAUAUGACUUAUCAUCAAAUUGUUUAUCUCGCUCCUCAAUGGAAUCAAAUGAAGAUAGUUUUUCAAUUUAUAGAAAAAACACCUCCCGGAUAUCGACUAACUCCACCUCGAGCACCAUUGACUCUGGAUUCUCAGAAUCCAGUUUCUCCGUUCAAUCCAGCCGGAGCAGCUUCACAAGAAGUGCCAAUCUGGCUUCGACGAAUUCCAUAUACGAACUGUUUGCAAACGGGACAGACUCUACAGUGGGCAUGUCGGGGAAUCCCAGUCGCUCCAGACUGGGCGUAGCUCUCAUUCUACCCGUUAAGUCAGAAUCCAUUCGACGUGAAAACAUUUACAUCCAUCUUUCUUCGUUCGUCGAGUUCAUCUUGUGGCGCAUCCGCCAUUACGUGGAAUUGGCGGUGAUUUCGACCAAGCUGUUCCUUCCGACGAUGUACGAAAUAUCCAGCAUGUCUGCCAAAUGGCUGUCGAGGGAAUUGCAAUUUCGGUCGCAGCACCGCGAGGAAGAGGCCGGAAAAGCAUCGGGAAUUUUCAGCGUGUUUAACAGAAGAUUGAACUCGUUCUUUCGACGGAAAUCUGAAGAAGAUCUGCGCUUUGAGAGGUUUCUAAAAACAGUCAAGGAGUUAGACGUGAAGGAAACUAAAUUCUUCUUGAGCAGUCUUCUUACAGCCGUUUUGACCCAUCAUACCGGUUGGAUAGAGUCUUGUUAUCCCACGAGACAACAGAAUGGGAGUAAUUCCUAUCACGCUGUUUGGAGGCAAUUGCUCGCUCUGCAUGGAGCUACUGAAUGGCACUCGGUUACCUCCAAAACAGUCAUUUACGGCACACGGAACGACCAAAUACUGAAGAAUGCUAUAGAUUUUCUUCGAUAUUUCGUGAGAUAUCCUCUAGUAAAAAAGCGGUGUGUGACAAACGAGAAUUUAUCUGAAGAAGACGAAAUCGUUGCUCAAAUAUGCAAUAAUAGCGUGUUUAGAGAAGAUGGUGAAAAUAAAGAAGGUAUUAAGAGUACUUCUAAUGAUGUAAAGAUAAAUAAUAAUAAUAACAACAGUAAUAGAGGAUUGUUGAGGAAGGUAAAAACAUUCGGUCGAGCUCUAAACGAGGUAAUCAAUGAUGAAGAUGAUGGGAUUAAUGUUGAUGAAGGAAAUCGUAUGGAAAAUCCUGUUUUGUUCAUCUUGGGUGAUAGCGAUAAACUGGAGAAUUUAAAAACGCACGAUACAAGUGAUAAAAACGCUAAUUUAAGCAUCGUAAAAACCUUAAAAAAUAAAUCUGAAGACUUCGAUGAAGCUAUGAAAUUAAACAUUUUGAAAUUUCCACUACCAAAGUAUAAACCAGUUGGCGAAUUUUCCGAGAUUGUCCCUCGUGAAUUUUUUCCGGAAAACGGAUUUUCCGACAUCUACAUCCCAGAGAGGGUUAUACAAGCCACAAACUGUCCGGAAGAAAAUUGGAAAAACCUCUUUAGAAACGAUUUAUCCCGAAAAAGUACAUUCUUAUUCCCCAAUCAGUUAGAUGAAAAUAUUGGGAUUUUGGCCAACAUCGAUAAUUGGGAAGUGCAAAUCCUAUCAAGCAAUAGAAAUAAAUCGGAUAGUCUGGUGGUUGCAAGUCCCUUAGUUUCUAACAUCUUGGAUACAAUUUCACAAAUGUCCCAAUCAAACGUCAACAAAGAGCAUUGUACUAGAUUUAUCGAACAAAGUUUGCUGGAAAUAUGUCUGAAAGGCAAUGCUUUAUCGCAGUUACUCCUAACUGUAGAUUUUUGUACUGUGGAAUUUCUUCUAAACGCAUUGAAAGUGAGCAUAGCAGAUAUACCUCUACUGAUGUCCGUGGCCUCCCGAAUUAACCCGGAAAUUUUGACAAAAUACGGCCUAACGUACCAAUAAACGGUGCAAAUAAAUUCAUUAAAACGUGCACCAAAAGCUGCAAAGGAGCGAAUUUAAAGGUAAAAGUGAACUAAAUAAAUUCUAAUUUGGAUAGUUGAUUUAUUAUUUAUUGAAAUAAAAGAACGAACUAAUUUAA